CCACCUAAUUACUAAAGGUAAUAGUUGGUGGCGUGGAUAGUAGAGGAACUAUCCCGCUGGCCUAGCUCCUCCCCCUUGCGUCGUAACUCCUCCCCCUUACGGAAAAGGUCCCUUAGCCCACUUGAUUCUAGCAUCUACCUUCUGGUCCUUCCUCUGCCUGUCCCCUGGGCCUGUCUGCCUGCUACUGGGAGAUGGGGUGGCGGUGUGACUGACAACCAAGCCGUGAGGAACUGAAGCAUCUGUACUAGAAGUGUCCGGAGACCGAUCUCUGAUUUCCUGAGGAUGGAUAAAGACAGCAGUCAUAUGUCUGAGAGGAUACUAAAUCUCACCCUGGAGAUUAUCUACCUACUGACUGGGGAGGAGUAUAAAGUAGUAAAGAAGACACUUUCCUGCUGUCCCUCCAUCACUGUGCCUCCACCUCACUCACUGUUACACGAGAGACACAAUGACCAGAAGAUCCUGGAUCUCACCAACAAGAUCAUUCAGCUGCUGACUGUAGAGGAGAGGGAGUAUAUAGAGGAACACAGGGGUCUGUACAAGGACGUGAUGAUGGAGAAUCACCGGCCCCUCACAUCACUGGAUGGACCCAGUAACAGAGAUACCCCAGAGAGAUGUCCCAGUCCUCUGUAUUCCCAGGAUUGUACAGAGGAGAAUCACAGGAUCCCACAGGAGGAUCAGGGCGAGUAUGUUACUUAUUUUAAGAUAGAAGAUAUAGAUGGAGAAGAAGAGACGUAUGUGACUGAUAUGAAGGCAGAAGAUACAGAGGGAGAAGAAGAGACGUAUGUGACUGAUAUGAAGGCAGAAGAUAUAGAGGGAGAAGAAGAGACAUAUGUGACUGAUAUGAAGGUAGAAGUUAUAGAUGAAGAAGAAGAAGAAGAAGAGAUGCAUGUGGGGAGUGAUCAGCAGUGUAAGGAGGAGGAAAUACCUACAGAUAUCAGCACAGCAGGUGGAAGCACAAGCGGGAAGACCUCAGAGGGAAAUCUCAUUUUGUCUUCAAAUAUUAAAAUAGAAGAUAACAUCACCCAAGAUUUUCCGGGAGACAUCCCCAUAUCUCCAAAUGUACAUCCUGUACCUCACAGUGCUGAUAUAUCAUCUGGUCCCUCUGAUCAUGGAAAAUGUUCUCCCAAUUAUUUAAAUAUUGGUACUCCUAGUGCUGGUCUUACAGGUAAUUCAGUAUUUACCUGCUCUGAAUGUGGUAAAAGUUUUGUAAGUCAGUCAGUGUUUGUUACACAUAAGAGAAGUCACACAGGUGAGAGGCCGUUUCCAUGUUCUGAGUGUGGGAAGUGUUUUACACUGAAAUCAAAUCUUGUUACACAUCAGAGAAUUCACACCGGUGAGAAACCAUUUCCAUGUCCUGAGUGUGGGAAAUGUUUUACACAGAAAUCACAUCUUGUUCUACAUGAGAGAAGUCACACAGGUGAGAGUCUGUUUCCAUGUUCUGUGUGUGGGAAAUGUUUUACACAGAAAUCAACUCUUGUUAGACAUAAGAGAUGUCACAACGGUGAGAAACCAUUUCCAUGUCCAGAAUGUGGGAAAUGUUUUACACAGAAAUCAGCUGUUGAUAGACAUCAGAGAAGUCAUACAGGUGAAAAGCUGUUUUCAUGUUCUGAGUGUGGGAAGCGGUUUCUACAUAAAUCAUAUCUUGUAAUACAUGAGAGAAUUCACACAGGGGAGAGGCCAUUUCCAUGCUCUAAGUGUGGAAAAAGUUUUUCUGUGAAAUCAGAGCUCGUUAGACAUGAAAGAAGUCACACCGGGGAGAGACCAUUUCCAUGCUUUACAUGUGGACAGUGUUUUUCUCUGAAAUCAGAUCUUGUUAGACAUGAGAGAAUUCACACAGGUGAAAGGCCGUUUCCAUGUCCUGAGUGUGGGAUGCGUUUUAUAGAUAAAUCAAAUCUUGUUAGACAUUUGAGAACUCACACAGGUGAGAGGCCGUUUCCAUGUCCUGAGUGUGGGAUGCGUUUUACAUACAGAUCAGUUCUUGCUAUACAUCAGAGAAGUCACACUGGUGAGAAGCCAUAUUCAUGUCCUGAGUGUGGGAAAUGUUUUAGACAGAGAUCAGUUCUUGUUACACAUCAGAGAAGUCACACAGGUGAGAAACCAUUUCCAUGUUCUGAGUGUGGGAAGUGUUUUACACAGAAAUCAAAUCUUGUUAGACAUGAAAAAUCACACAGGUGAGAAACCAUUUCUAUGCUCUUAGUGUGGGAAAUGUUUUACACAGAAAUUAGAUCUUGUUACACAUCAGAGAAGUCACACAGGUGAGAGACCGUUUCCAUGUUCUGAGUGUGGGAAGCGUUUUACAUGCGAACCAGUUUUUGUUAAACAUGAGAGAACUCACACAGGUGUGUAACCAUUUCCAUGUACUGAGGGCCUGAUUGAGGUUUGUAUGCAAAAUUGACAGAGCAUUUCCCAGAUAAACGAUGCAUGCGCACCAGGCAGACCAUAUGAUCUAAAAGAAACUGAUAUAUCCAACGCUCACAGGCCCAGUGUAGGAGCUACCGGCGGUGAGCAGGAGUCCAUAUCGGCACUUAGGCCGGUCUGCCCUGUGUGUGAUCGGGCAUCUUUCUUUCAUAGCUAGCGUUAACUUUAUCAGUAAUUUCUUCGGCAGGGUCCACAGGUUAUCCACAGGAUAACAAUGGGAUAUGAUGAAGCGACAGCGGAUUUGCACCAAUUGGUCAAAUCUUUCCGGCCUCCCAGCAUGCAACCGGCCCGACCAUAUAUCCCCACCUCCUGGCUCAGGCAAAUCAGUUUUUUGUUUGGUGCGGCAGGAGCCAGACCAUGGUCAGAGGGCCGCUGGUUUUUAGCAGCCCUAAGCUUUCUUAUUUUAUUUUUAUAGUCUUAAUAUUUUUCUGAGCAAUCUUUCUAAACAGCAUCUUAUACGUACCUUAGAAAGAGUCGCUUCAACAACUCUCCGCUGGGUCGCGACAAUGCUUACCCACAAGUACAGUGCUGUUUUGGCGGGCGUCUGUGUCGGAUAUACUAGCAGGUCCAGCAGAUGUUACCAGGCUGUGGCUGGAGCACGGGGAGAAGGUCAGGCAUUGGUUCCACUUAGAAGGGGAAUAUGGACACAGCCGCACUGUUUUGGGAGGAGACUACCAAACAGUCGCUGACGUGGCUGCCACCUCGGGUGCUCCAGCGCUAGGCCUUAGGGAUCAGAGGCUCCAGGAUUAGUAUGAGGCCACGAUACCUAGGAUUGAUGUCAGCAGUGGGGAGUCAGGUGCUCUCCUGGCCGCCCCUCCCCCACCCGGUUCAUGACCAGUUUCCUCCGAGUCUCCCACAAUGAACUGUUUCCCGCUUCCGUCUCAGAUGCUGUACACAAAGGGGACCCAGUCGCAGCAUAGGCGGCUGUGUGACUGGUGCGUCUGUGUUCACUGAGCGUCUGUUUCACUAUAGGUUCAUGGAGCGGCAGUGUACACUAGUAGCGUCUGGAUCCAGUUAGCUAACAUAUUAAUCGGUCCUGGAAGCGAAGUGAGUCUCCCUGUAUCCCACUCUACUGAGUGUGGGUAAUACAGCACUAAGUCUCUAUCUACCUUUUUGAGUAUGAAUAGUUAGAUAAGUGCCUAUUGCAUAUGAGUCUGUAUACAUUUAUUGUUGUUUCUUACGCAAUGCGUCUGAAUACGGUAGAUCUAUUUUAACAUGAUUCAGUAAUAUGUUCUACAUACUUGGAAUGUAGUUGAUGAUGUGCUCGUAUUGCUUCUUAUACUAAUGUAUAACAUGUGACUGACUGCUAGUGUGAUUGCUGACUUUACUAUAUUCUGUCAGUUUUGUUCUAUUCCGAUUCUCAAUGCUAGUGCAUGGGUAGGGUCGGAUUGUAUGUCACUUUAAAAAUCUUAAAGUGAUUACAGUCACAAAUUGUGCAGUACACUGUGGAAGUGUUUGAUUAUUUAUCAUGUCUAAGAGUGGCAACGGUGAGGAAGAUACACUCACAGCAACACCAACACUCAUAUCAUGUUUGUCUUGCAAAGCUGUGUUAUCCUCUCAGGAUCUGGUUCGGGAUGGUUUGUGUGCAAAUUGUUUUAGCUUUCACCAGGGGUUCUUGAAAAAUACAUGGAGAUUCAGGUGCCGGUUGGUCCACCUUGGGCUAUGUUUGCACAGACUUUAUCAUGUAUACCUGAAAGGAUAAUUUUUAUUGCUAAAAAGAUAUAUUUGGUAACUACAGCAGAGAGCUGAUCACUGUGUGUUUAUUGCUAAAAAGAUAUAUUUGGUAACUACAGCAGAGAGCUGAUCACUGUGUGUUUAUUGCUAAAAAGAUAUAUUUGGUAACUACAGCAGAGAGCUGAUCACUGUGUGUUUAUUGCUAAAAAGAUAUAUUUGGUAACUACAGCAGAGAGCUGAUCACUGUGUGUUUAUUGCUAAAAAGAUAUAUUUGGUAACUACAGCAGAGAGCUGAUCACUGUGUGUUUAUUGCUAAAAAGAUAUAUUUGGUAACUACAGCAGAGAGCUGAUCACUGUGUGUUUAUUGCUAAAAAGAUAUAUUUGGUAACUACAGCAGAGAGCUGAUCACUGUGUGUUUAUUGCUAAAAAGAUAUAUUUGGUAACUACAGCAGAGAGCUGAUCACUGUGUGUUUAUUGCUAAAAAGAUAUAUUUGGUAAAUUGUUAAGUGGAUUAAUAUCUGUAGUCAGCAAAAACCUUGUGAUUGACUGGGGCUUAGUGAUCUCACAGUUGGUAGUUGAUUAUCACCUUUUGGUUGAGGGUUGCUGUGUGGGGGAGGGGGUGUAAUCACAAAGAGCAUGUGUUUGUAGACUUACUUAACCAGUAUAGUAUAGGACGUCAGGCCUAUAAGGACGUUGCAGUGACUAGUGUAUGAAGUGGCUAGUUAUUAAGUGGCAGCUAAUAUCAAUAGCAGUGUUAUACCUGUGUUAAACCGAAGGAAAACAGAAGUCAAACAAACUUACAAAUUAACAAAAGGCCUGCAUUACAACCUAAAAACUCUGGAACUUUAUGUGGCCUCUCCUCGCCUCAAACAUGAGCACACCAAGACCAUGCUUACAACCUCUCUGUCUGAGAACAUCAAGUCUGUCCCUGGGCCUAACCAUCAAGAUGAACAGGGAACUGUGGGGGAAGAGCACCAGGACCGGGAUCAGCAGGGACAUCCCCAUUGCGUCUGAGUAUGCCCCCCUCAUUCUCAUACCCAACCGAACUAAGAUCUGAUCAAAAUGUUAUCCCACUCCUACUUCUGCCACUAGUUACCUGCUAUUGUGUUUUUUUUUUUUUUUUUAUUUUUUCUCUCCAUUGCUCGCUUCCAACCCACCAUGUGUUUUCCUGUAAUGUUUACCUCCACUGAUUUCACACCUUUCCAUUGUGCCCUACAUGCAGGGUACAUCAUACUAUUACAUAAGCAUCAGUUUUCCCAUAUAUGAACUUGGCCCUUGCAUGGCUCACCUCCCACAGUGUAACCUUCAAAGUGCGCCCAACAUGGCUGCCCCAUAUGGUACACUUGUGGAUGGGAUGAAAAAAUACAUGGACCUUGUGGUUUUGUUGGAACCCUACUCUAAACUGUAGGACUCUGAAAUCACCCCCAUUUUGUGUCAUCUCUUCUAGGGGUAGACUAUUCCACCUGGGUAAUCCUACGCUUAGCGCCCAAGAUGGCUGCUGCACUUGGUACCUAUAAGGGUGGAAUACACAACCCUUGGAAGUUAUUACCCAAAAUGCCUUCACCAAUCCUGCGUUAUGCUUUCUGUGGACUUAAGAUUUUUCUUUUAUGUCUGUGUUGCUUGUCUAUUGUUGUAUUACUCAAAUCCUCUGUAUCAUGUGCAUUGUUUUUGAUGUCUGUAAAGCGCCUUGAGUCCUGUUGGAGAAAGAGCGCUAUAUAAAUAAAAUUAUUAUUAUUAUUAUUAUUAUUAUUUCUCCAACUCGUGUACCAGGGAUAGGUUACUUGAUUAACCCUUACAUGCAGCUUCCCACCUGUGGUGUAUCAUUUCCAGCAGCUGCCUCUCAAAAGAAACAUGCUGACAAGCCGGUGUUAAGUAUAUCUUCAUCCUCACAGGCUACACAUGGUUCAGAUGAGGAUUGAUCGGAGGAUGAAAGCUCAAUUAAUUUAACUUCGGCAUACGAAGAGUAGGUGGAAGGUCUCAGCUCAGUGGAUAUAUAGCUGAGUUAAUUAACGCAAUGAAAGCCAUUCUAUCCUUAGAAGAUUCAGCGGAGCCUGUGUUAAAAACCAAGGCACCUGUGUUUAAACGUCCCAAAACAGUUAAGACUGAGUUUCCAGGGUCAGAUGAUAGAAAUCAUGGAAGAAGCUUGGCCGAGGCCUAAAAGUUUAGAAUUCCUAAGAAAUUGAAUUUUAAUUAUCCUUUUCCAGCUGGGGAUUGUUUAAAAAGGGAGGUGGCUCCUAAAGUAGAUAUGCAUGUGAUUCAAUUAGUGCAAAAAUCUAUAUUACCUUUGUCUUCAACAUCAUUAAAUGUUGUCACGGAUAGGAGGGUGGAUGGUUUUCUAAAAAACAUUUUUUCCCCUGUCUAAGGCAGUCAUAAGGCCAGCCAUGGCUUCAGCUUCGAUGGCAAAGACAGUGGCUGCCUGGGCUGAUGCAUUGGAUGGGGAUUUUUCAAUAGUAUCUAGAACAAAAUCCCAUAUAGCACAUAUGAAACAGGCUGCAAUGUUCUUGGAACAAGCAGCAUUGGAUAUGGGUACUAUUGCCUCCAGGGUAUCAGCUUCAACAAUAGCUACUCGCAGAGCAGUUUGGUUACGUAUGUAGAAAGCUGAUUAAGAAUCUAAGAAGGUUUUGGAAUCUUUGCCCUUUUCUGGAGAUAUUCUUUUUGGUAAAGAAUUGACAAUUAUUUUGGAGUCAGAAGCAGACUCCAAGAAAGUAAAGCUUCCUUCCACAUACAAUUUCAAACCUAAAUUCUGGCUUUUUGGCCCUUUCGGUCUAAAGGAAAAGCUAAAGGUAAAAGUGAUAGCAGGCAGUCCCAAUACCACGUCUGGUAAGACUAAAAAGCAUUGGGCUACCAGGGGACCGGUCGGUAAGACAGACAAGCCAUCGGCCUGAUGGUGCGGGCCUCCACCUGGGGGAUCCCAGGGUGGGGGGCCGACUUCUUCAGUUUGCACAGAUCUGGCAGCAGUCUACAACAGAUGCCUGGGUGCAGGAAGCGAUAUCUCUAGGUUAUGCUUUUGCCUUCGAGAGGCACCCUCCUCAAAGGUGUCUUUGUACCAGCCGUCUCGGGUAUAGAUGAAGGCCAGGGCUUUGCAAGAGGCAGUUCAGAAAUUGCUUCAGUCAGGAGUAGUCAUUCCAAUUCCUCAUGCACAACGAGGACAGGGUUUUUACUCCAACCUAUUUCUGUUCCAGCCAUUCUCAAUCUCAAAGUGCUGAACAAAUACAUUUGGGUGCCUCGGUUUCACAUGGAGACUUUACAUUCCAUCAUUUUGGCCAUGGAGCCAGGGGAUUAUAUGGUAUCCCUGGAUAUACAGGAUGCUUGCCUACAUGUUCCUAUAGCACUGUCCCAUCAGUGCUACCUCAGGUUCGCUAUCCUCCAACAGCAUUUUCAGUUCCAGGCUCUACCUUUUGAGUUAUCCACAGACCCCAGAGUAUUUACCAAGAUUAUGGUGGUAAUGGCAGCUUAUCGCUGCCAGCAGGGGAUAAGAAUUUUUCCAUACCUCAACGAUCUUUUAAUCCUGGCACAGUCGCAGGAAUUGCUCCUAUGUCAUCUGCAACAGACAAUAUCGUGUCUGCAGACCCACGGGUGACUCAUAAAUUGGGCGAAAUUGUCUCUGGUUUCAUCACAGUGGAUGACUCACUUGGGGGCUGUACUGGAUUCAAGUCUUCAGAGAGUAAUGUUACCUCUGAACAAGAUAUCCAAGGUUCAGUCAAGGAUUCAGGACUUGCUACACAGUCAGUGCGUGUGAUGGGAUUCAUAGUGUCAACAUUCUACAUUGUGAAGUAUGCACAAUUCCACUCAAGGCUUCUGCAGCGUCUAAUGGAAUGGGUUGCAUCAGAUGAUAAAAACACAGACGAUGGUUCUUAUGAUAGAAGUAAGAAGGUCAUUAGCCUGGUGGUUACAGACAUCCCAUCUGGACAAGGGGAGACCCUUUUGGAUAUCAGAUUGGGAAAUUCUGAUUACAGAUGCCAGUCUCCAGGGCUGGGGAGUAGUGUCAGGAAGGUUGUGUUUCCAGAGGCAAUGGACCAAGGAAGAAGGUGGCCUGCCAAUAAAUAUAUUGGAACUUCGGGCCAUAUACAUGGCACUGAUUCAGGCAAAGGACAGUCUUCGGGGAAAACCAGUCCAGAUCCGCUUGGACAAUGCGACGGCAGUAGCGUACCUCAACCAUCAGGGAAGUCACAUACUAAAGUGGGCAGAACUUCAUCCAGCCUUGUCCGCAGUGUUCUUUCCGGGAGUCCUAAACUGGGAAGCGGACUUUCUCAGGCAAGCAAAUGGGCUGUACACCUGGAGGUCUUCCAGACUCUAGUAGACAAGUGGGGGUUGCCAGAGAUAGCUCUUAUGGCAUCCUGUCUGAACAACAAAGUUCUUGUAUCCGGGUCAAGGACAAAGGAUCCCAGAGCAAUCUUUGUGGAUGCCCUGUUGGUGAGAUGGGACUUUCAUCUGGCUUAUGUGUUUCCUCCAGUCAACCUAUUACCCAGGGUAGUGAGAAAGAUAAAGCAAGGAAAGGUGCCGUGAUACUAAUAGCUUCGGCUUGACCCAGAAGGCUAUGGUACACAGAUCUGCAGAGAACGUCGAUGGAUGCUCCACUUCUGCUCCCUCAACGUCCAGAUCGACUGAUGCAGGGAUCUUAAAUAGUUCACAGUUAAAGAUCUCUUUCUACUGGCUAUGGCGUCAGCUAGAAAAGUAUGAGAUCUAGAGGCAUUAUCAUGUCGUUUCCCAGUUCUCAGAAUUAGAUCUGGGUAUCUUCCGAAGGUGGUUUCUAAAUUCCACCUUAAUGAAGAAAUUGUAGUCCCAGCUUUCCAGGUACUGGACCUUUCUGCGGGAGAUGCAUCGCUGGACGUGGUCCGUGCAUUAGGGUUCUACGUGGAUCGUACCAGUGCCAUCAGAAAGACAGAGUCUCUCUUCAUUCUCUACAGAUUUCACAAGAGAGGAUGGCCUGCUGAUAAGCAGACACUGGCAAGAUGGCUUUGGAUGACGAUUUCAGAAGCAUAUUCUCAGGCUGAUCUCCCUGUUCCGGCUAAUGUCUCUGCUCACUCUACUCGUAAGGUAGGUCCAUCAUGGGCAACAAAACGUGGUGCUUCAGCAGAACAGAUAUGUAAGGCAGCCACAUGGUCUUCCAUUAACACAUUCAUUAGACAUUAUGCCUUGGUUACCUUUGCCUCUCAUUAGCGUCCCCAUCCAUAUAUUCCUUUGGGAAAUCCCAUUGUUAUCCUGUGGAUAACCUGUGGACCCUGCCGUAGAAAUAUGUUAUAGUAAAAACUUACUGUUGAUAACGGUAUUUCUCAUAGGUCCACAGGGAUCCCACCCCGACGCACCUGAUUUGAGGAUCGUUUUACUCACUAACCUCCUCCUUCUUGUACGGAAAGGUGUGCAUGUGUGUUCUUAUCAUCUGAUUAGGGCUAUCUAUGAUGCUCCUGCCUUGAGCUUUGGAAUACAACUGAUUUGCCUGAGGCAGGGAUAUAUGGACAGGCCCGUUGCAUGCUGAGAGGCCGGAAAUCUUUGACCAAUUGGUGCAAAUCCGCUGUCGCUUCAUCAUGUCCCAUUGUGAUCCUGUGGACAUAGGAGAAAUACCGUUAUCAACGGUAAGUUCUUACCAUAACAUAUAUUUAUCUUACAGUAGCGUUUCUGUGUGAUGGGUACAGGCGAGCUGGCUUUCACUCUCCAAUCAGUGAGCCUUGGGGGCCCGUGACUGUGGUUGUCCUUCCUUGCACAACUUCUUGUAGUACUAACCACUGCAUACCAGGAGCACCGCACAAGUCCUGCUGUUCUGGAGAUGCUCUGACCCAGCUGUCCAACCAUCACAAUGUGGCCCUUGUCAGUGUUGCUCAUGUCCCUACACUUGUCCAUUUCUCCUGCUUCCAACAAAUCAACUUUAGAUACAGAGGGGGGGAAUUCAAAUGUUUGAAAAGUCAGUUGGGUGUCUGUUUUUGCCCGUGUAUUAGAUAGGUAAAAAACAGACACCCCAUCCCUGGACAGGAGCCAUUAUAAUAAGACAAACAGUGUUACGUCACCUGUCAGAGGUGUUAAUGUAAUGGCUGAUCAGUGUCUACAUCUGUCUGCAGUAAAUGCUUAAAAAAGCAAAGAAAAAACAUUCAAAAAGCAAAAAUGUUAAAAUCUUGGGUAACUACAAUGAUGUAAGCUGAAUUUGGGGCGCGGGGAUAUUAGUGUGUGAUGUACAUAAUGAGAGGAUGAUGAUGGAACACUAAGAGAAGGGCAGUAUAGAAGAAGUGACAUGUAAUAUACUGCACGCAUCUGAUAUACUGUAUAUACACAGUAUGGAGUUUUCUAUGGCAUGUCUCUGCUAAGAGUAAAAGGUACUAUUAGAGAAUAGGAUUAUACACAUCACACAAUGACCUCCUGUGACUGGGAAGGAGCAAUGACUGAUCGGACUGCACUGACCAUGGGGAAAUAAUGUGACUGGUGAGAUAAUGGGAACAGAGACUGGAAGAGGGAAAGUGUUUGUUACUCAGCGCUGUAUAUGGUGUUUUCUGGCUGCACACUGCUUCAUUUCUGCAGCUGAUAAGUAUUUGAUUGAAUUCCUUGGUUGAUUGGGUCACUCAUUAUGAAAUACUGGAAAUACAACAGGAAAUUUACCCUGAGGAAUUUGCACGUCUGCACUGAAACGUGUCAUGUUCCGCUGAGUAUAAUACCUAAUCCAGCCGUCUCUGUUACCGGUGUACAUGUAAUACAGACGCAGCGUCACUGAGUAACCUGCACCAGAGUAACAGCUGUGUAUAACACCUAAUCCAGCCGUCUCUGCUACCGGUGUACAUGUAAUAAAGACGCAGCAUCACUGAGUAACCUGCACCAGAGUAAUAGCUGUGUAUAACACCUAAUCCAGCCGUCUCUGCUACCGGUGUACAUGUAAUACAGACGCAGCGUCACUGAGUAACCUGCACCAGAGUAAUAGCUGUGUAUAACACCUAAUCCAGCCGUCUCUGCUACCUGUGUACAUGUAAUACAGACGCAGCGUCACUGAGUAACCUGCACCAGAGUAAUAGAUGUGUAAAACACCUAAUCCAGCUGUCUCUGCUACCGGUGUACAUGUAAUACAGACGCAGCAUCACUGAGUAACCUGUGCCAGAGUAAUAGCUGUGUAUAACACCUAAUCCAUCCACCUCUGCUACCAGUGUACAUGUAAUACAGACGCAGCGUCACUGAGUAACCUGCACCAGAGUAAUAGCUGUGUAUAACACAUAAUCCAGACGUCUCUGCUACCGGUGUACAUGUAAUACAGAUGCAGCGUCACUGAGUAACCUGUACCAGAGUAAUAGCUGUGUAUAACACCUAAUUCAGCCGUCUCUGCUACCGGUGUACAUGUAAUACAGACGCAGCGUCACUGAGUAACCUGCUCCAGAGAAAUAGCUGUGUAUAACACCUAAUCCAGCCGCCUAUGCUACCGGUGUACAUGUAAUACAGACGCAGCGUCACUGAGUAACCUGCUCCAGAGUAAUAGCUGUGUAUAACACCUAAUCCAGCCAUCACUGCUACCGGUGUACAUGUAAUACAGACACAGCGUCACUGAGUAACCUGCACCAGAGUAAUAGCUGUGUAUAACACCUAAUCCAGCCGUCUCUGCUACCGGUGUACAUGUAAUACAGACGCAGCAUCACUGAGUAACCUGAGCCAGAGUAAUAGCUGUGUAUAACACCUAAUCCAGCUGUCUCUGCUACCGGUGUACAUGUAAUACAGGCGCAGCGUCACUGAGUAACCUGCACCAGAGUAAUAGCUGUGUAUAACACCUAAUCCAGCCGUCUCUGCUACCGGUGUACAUGUAAUACAGACGCAGCAUCACUGAGUAACCUGAGCCAGAGUAAUAGCUGUGUAUAACACCUAAUCCAGCUGUCUCUGCUACCGGUGUACAUGUAAUACAGACGCAGCAUCACUGAGUAACCUGCGCCAGAGUAAUAGCUGUGUAUAACACCUAAUCCAUCCGUCUCUGCUACCGGUGUACAUGUAAUACAGACGCAGCAUCACUGAGUAACCUGCACCAGAGUAAUAGCUGUGUAUAAUACCUAAUCCAGCCGUCUCUGCUACGGGUGUACAUGUAAUACAGACGCAGCAUCACUGAGUAACCUGCACCAGAGUAAUAGCUGUGUAUAACACCUAAUCCAGCUGUCUCUGCUACCGGUGUACAUGUAAUACAGACGCAGCGUCACUGAGUAACCUGCACCAGAGUAAUAGCUGUGUAUAACACCUAAUCCAGCUGUCUCUGCUACCGGUGUACAUGUAAUACAGAUGCAGCAUCACUGAGUAACCUGCACCAGAGUAAUAGCUGUGUAUAACACCUAAUCCAGCCGUCUCUGCUACCGUUGUACAUGUAAUACAGACGCAGCAUCACUGAGUAACCUGCACCAGAGUAAUAGCUGUGUAUAACACCUAAUCCAGCUGUCUCUGCUACCGGUGUACAUGUAAUACAGACGCAGCGUCACUGAGUAACCUGCACCAGAGUAAUAGCUGUGUAUGACACCUAAUCCAGCCGUCUCUGCUACCGGUGUACAUGUAAUACAGACGCAGCAUCACUGAGUAAUCUGCACCAGAGUAAUAGCUGUGUAUAACACCUAAUCCAGCCGUCUCUGCUACCGGUGUACAUGUAAUACAGACGCAGCGUCACUGAGUAACCUGCACCAGAGUAGUAGCUGUGUAUAACACCUAAUCCAGCCAUCUCUGCUACCGGUGUGCAUGUAAUACAGAUGCAGCAUCACUGAGUAACCUGCACCAGAGUAAUAGCUGUGUAUAACACCUAAUCCAGCCAUCACUGCUACCGGUGUACAUGUAAUACAGACGCAGCGUCACUGAGUAACCUGCACCAGAGUAAUAGCUGUGUAUAACACCUAAUCCAGCCGUCUCUGCUACCGGUGUACAUGUAAUACAGACACAGCAUCACUGAGUAACCUGCACCAGAGUAAUAGCUGUGUAUAACACCUAAUCCAGCCGUCUCUGCUACCGGUGUACAUGUAAUACAGACGCAGCGUCACUGAGUAAUCUGUGCCAGAGUAAUCGCUGUGUAUAACACCUAAUCCAGCCGUCUCUGCUACCGGUGUACAUGUAAUACAGACGCAGCAUCACUGAGUAACCUGCGCCAGAGUAAUAGCUGUGUAUAACACCUAAUCCAGCCAUCUCUGCGUCCCUGCUACCUGAGUACAUGUAAUAUAGAUGCAGCGUUAUGGUGAGAUUACCUGCACAUUACAUCAGAGGGGCAGUUACAUGUUCUGUAUGACAGCAUCACGGCUGUGUCUCUCCAUAUGAUCCUGCAGUGUAGGCACAUUCUGUAACCCAGAUGCCGUGAUGUCAUCCCAUUACGUAAGAGCCUCCCAAUGUUAUACGUCUCUGAUACCCUCUUACCUGCUGAUAGCUGUGAUAAUUCGCUGAAGAUUUGUUUUUAUAUUGAAUAUGUCUUUAAAGCUGUUUCUUUUAAUAAAAUGCUGGUAAAGGA